AUGCUGCUGCAAGGCUGCGGUUGUCGUGGAAAAGGCGCCUCUGUUUACAUUCGACCCCAAAUCAGCCUUCGUCUUGUGGCUGGAUCUGACCGCUUCCCAAGUGACAUACGCCGCCAGCUUGGCUCUAACACGAAACCAACAUCCAUCGGCUCUAUCCAACACUUGUGCGCAGUUUUUGAUCUUGCCAUUGCUUUUCCCCACGUCCUGCAGCAUCACUGCCACCCUCUCAGACGUGAACCAACGCCUCUUGGCCUCUCCAUAUUUCGCAUUGUUUACUUUGGUGCCAAGUGGGCGCGCGGCAUCAGACUUCCUGAGCAAGGCAUUCCCUAUUUCCCACCCACCACAUCUAUUUUCGCCCCAAAAGCCCUCAUCAUGGUAGGCCAGGGUCCAUCUCACGCGUCGAAUCGCCUCGAGGAGCGCAUGAAUUUUGACGUCGAGAAUCCACAGGCAAUGCCCGCUGGCUAUAAACCUUCCCCACUAGGACCAUAUGGCUCUCCGCGCAGCUCACCCUUCCGACGACCAGAGUCUCCAGCAUCGCCUUCUGCUGUGCGCCAAGCCUCGACACAAGUCACCCCGUCCGGAUCACCGACCAAGGCGUCCUACGCUACCAACAACGGGCGAUUCGGCAACCCAACCACUCCGACAGAGACAGUCGAGAGCCGUACACCGAGAGUGCGCACGCCCACUGGCGGCGAGACCAACAACAUCAUGACCUCGCCCAUCGCUGCGCGGCCAGCGUUGAAGAAGAGCGUCAGCCACGGCGGCGCCAUUGCGCAAUUGCAACCUGCUCAAGUCAGAACACUCAGAGAAGGAUUUGAGAUUCUGGAUCGCGACAGCGACGGCAUCAUUAACAGAGACGAUGUGGCGGACAUGCUGAACCAGCUGGGCCUGCCAUCCAACGCAUCAGAUGUAACACAUUUCUUCCCGCCGUCCGCACCUCAGACGAUGACGAUGGCGGCCUUUCUCAACUCUCUAGCCACGAUGAUGGCCUCUCUAUCCCACCAAUCCGAGCUUCUCUCCGCCUUCUCCGCGUUCGACGACGACGACAGUGGCCAGAUCAACCUGAACGAGCUGCGAGACGCGUUGCUAAAUACUGCGCCAGAGCCUGGCGAACGUCCGCUGACGGAGGCCGAGGUCGAGAAGGUGAUUGAAGGCUUCACGGGCCGCAGGGCGUUCAGUCGCAGCAUGCAGGGCGGAUUAGGCAAGCGCGGCGAGGUCUUUAGGUACCAAGAUUUUGUCAACUCCAUCAUGGGCUCCUCCAACACGGCAUCAGAGCCUAACUCGGCCGAGGGAUCGGAGGACUGA